UCAUUUUGGGCUUUGGCACUUUGGCGCAUGCGUAGACGGACUAGUAAAGUGCGAGACAGCGCCGCAGACGGACGUAGAAACGCUUUAAGUCUUUAAUCCAAAGAUCAAAAUGGCAAUUGGCACUGGGCUGCUACAUAAUCGAGCUUCUUGGCAAGCAUUUCUCAUCCUCAUCACGCUGCUCAAUGCGCGCAUUUGCCAAGCCUGGAAACCGAUCGCUUCGAGCAAUCCCAUAACAUCGUACAGUCUGAAACAAUCGCAUCCGGGUGAGGCCAGCAGCAGCCACGAGUUGGCCACCAGCUAUGCCCAAUUUGGGGAAGAAAAGGACGACGAUGAUCUACUGCUGGCACGUGCCGCUGUUGUCAAUGGCUUGGAACCAGGCAUUGCUCCUGCUGCGCCAUCAGGCCCCAUUCUCACAUUCGGUGACGAGCAAGAGAAGAACCACUAUGAAUCCUACAGCUACAAGGAUGAAGGUGUUGCCGAUGGGGCGUCUUCUCUCAGUUUUCCGCGCACUCCCCUCUACGUCUCCGACAGCUGCAGUGUUAAAAAGUUUGCGUUCAAUCAAGACGGCGCUGUCGAUUACGGCAAUGGGCUACCUGAGCUGGAUCAGUUCACAUUGUGCUUCUGGAUGCGUUUCACGAACCACACUGGGGAUCAUGUUAUGUUUACCUACGAAGUUGAAAAGGAACCCCGCGAGAUACAAAUCUGGGUCGCAAAUGCGCAAAAUUCCAGUUUCCUAUCGAUGGCCAUAAAAGGUCAACAAAUGUACAGAUUGAAUUAUCCGCUGCGUAUGCGUCAAUGGCAUCACAUGUGCAGCUCGUGGAAUGGAAAGACUGGCGAGUGGCAGGUCUGGCUCAAGGCAGAGCGUAUUGGGCGUGGCUUCCACAAUUCGCUAGUGGGCCAUAAGGUACCCUCAAAGGGAAAAAUGCGAUCCGGAGGCAGUUCGGUGACCGGCGAAGUAAGCCACGGCCUCCACUUCGAGGUGACCCUCGUACAGAUUUAUCGCGUGGCGUUGAGUGCGGGGAAGGCACAUCGUGAUCACAAGCAUCACCAUGUGCACCAUUUCGACCACGAGGGUCAGGAGGUGUCCAGCACAGCGCGUGCGCCACCCAUGAUAAAUCGACCACAGCCGAUGCACUCGCUGCUGGCAAGCGGCCAAAUUCCAACCAGAGUGCGCAUUAACUUGGCCAACUCGGCGCCAACACAGAAGCCAACGGGCACUGUCGAAUUCCAGCCGCAACAGCAACCACAGCAACAGGCAAUCACGCUUAAUACCAAUUUUGUGAAUGGCCAGAUCAAUGCCGGUUCUCGAUUGGUUGCUCAGCAGCUGCUCGGUAUAUCGCCGAUAACUCAAAGCCAUCGCCGGCCCAAUCCGGGCGCUGAGCCUGGACGCUUCCAUAUGCUGAGCAACGCGGCAAAUGUCCAGUUCAUAGAUGAGACAGAGACGCAUAUACAAUUUAAGCGGCAGGCGAAUGCCAAGGGCGCAAAGGAUGACAUCAAAGAUAAAAAGCUGCGAAAGCGUGGCUUGGUUUUGCUUGAGGAUGGCUCUUUGGUUGAUGAUGGACUGGACGAGAGUAGCAGCAGCAAAUAUAAUGGUCUUGCAGACUUUGGAGGUCAGCAGUUCAAGCAUGAUCUGACCCUAAAGAUGACCCUGGAAGAAGAAAUCAGCUCACACGAUCGCGAGCCAGCCGAGGAGGAAGUCAGUGCCGUCAUGGCCAUAUGCAGCAACUGUGAUCCGGAGCCAUUCCAGGGUGCAAUCGUUUUCGCCUGGAAGGAUGUCAACGAGCACAUGAACAACACCCUUAAGGGCCUCAGUGUUGGCACAUGCGGACAUUUUUAACUGUCCACGGUUAGCAGUCAGUCAGUCGGUCAGUCGACCAGUCGGUCAGUCGGUCAGUCAGUCAGUCAGUGCUAUCCAAAUACAUUUUAAGCAGAAGUCUAGCAUUUUGGUUCAUAUAACGCUUAAAGUACAUAUAAUAUUUUUUUUUUUGUAUCUUAGUAUCUACAUAUGUAUUAUAUAUACACUAAUAGUAUAUGCGUACUAUUAAUGCUGAGUAGAGCUGACUUUAUUUGAAAACUUUCACCUUUAUGUAUAUAUACACACAUACAUAUUUAUAUAAAUAUAUUAAAGUGGACAUCCACCUCAAAAUCUA